AUUCAAAUUGCCCAAAGUAUCGUACGGUAGAAUGCAAAAACGUAAAUCGGAUUUUUAGCUUACUAUUACUGCAUGUUAUCGUUUCGGUGUUCAAGAUAGCAAGACAACAAGCCAAAGAACGACAAUUUACCAGACUGCUGAGAUGGACAUUCAGCAAAAUGAACGGUGGCAUGGUUAUGAGAACGACACUCAUUUGAACUUUUCAGAAGCUGUUACAGAAGACAACCAAGCAGUGUCUUCCACGGUCUCAUCAAAUGUAGUGACAUUAUGCGGCAACCAGUCAACGGAAAAGUCACUGCAUUCACCCUGUCAAAGGGUUUCAAGACACAAGCCGAAGAAGAAUGAUUCAACCAUUGCAGCCACUGAUACACCCCCUGUCAAGAAGCCAAGAAGGGGUGCCUCCCUGAAGCACAAGAGCUCAGAGGAGCAAGAGCUGGCGUACAUUCAGACGCUUCAGGAUGAGGUUGCCGCACACCGCAAAAAGAACGAGGCUAGCUACAGGACUGCCAUGGCUGGCAGUCAGCCAGCAAGGAAGCCAGCAAUGUCUACCACGAUCCCUGUGGAUUUCCACUUCCAUACAGAUGAGAGGGUGAAGCAACAUGCACGCAGCAGUGACCACGGGGAGGCAGUUCAAUUUUCUGCUCAGCUGCGCAGGCACCCUCCUUCUCCUGCAAAGAUGAAUCGGGGUGCAACGAUCCCCAAGCCCUUCAACUUGUCUGUUGGCAAAAAGCGCAAAUAUGAGGAAUCCGCAGUGUAUGUGCCCAUGGCCCAGCAGAUAGAGCAGUUCCAGAAACGUACGCCGCCCCGUUACCACUUGCCAAAGGCGAAAAUGUCAGAGAGAGGUCCACCCCCAGGGAAGACUGGUAGACUGAAGAUCACCAAUCCAAAAACUCCACGGCUGAUGACGAAGCAGAGGAGCCGGCCGGUCUCGGUGAAAAGCAGCGUGGAGAUGGAGGCCGAGGAGCUUGAGAAGAUCCAGCAAUGUAAGUUCAAAGCUCUGGAGCUAAACCGCAAAAUCCUGGAAGGCGGUGUGCUUCUGAAGAAGCCGCCGGUGAAGGAGGUGACUGAGCCGGUGGGCUUUCAGCUGGAGGUGGAGCGUCGUCUGCAGGAGCGGCAGGCAGCCAGGCCCCAGGAGGAGCCCCAACCCCACAGCUUCCAGCCCAGGCCCCUUCCUGCCAGGAUCUUAGAGGAAGUGGUUGGUGUCCCAGAAAAGAUGGUUAAACAUCCCACAGUGCCAGAAUCCCCUGCCUUUACUGUGAAGAACCGGGUGCGUGUAAAGCAGCAGGUGGAGGAAGUGAAGCCUCUCCCAUUGAAGGCCAACCCCGUGCCCCACUUCGGCCUGCCCUUCCUGCCCAAACCCCUGAAAAAGAGCCAGGCGGAGGUGUGUCCCUUCUCCUUUGAGUCCCGGGAGCGUGAGAGGCAGGCGCUGAAGGAGAAGAGGCUGGAGGACCUGCGGAAGACGGAGAUUCCCAAGUUCAAAGCCCAGCUUCUCCCGGACUUCAGUGAGGUGUAUCUGCCUGAGAAAAAGGUGGCAGCCCCAACAAAAGCUGAGCCCUUCAGGCUGCUAGUUGAUGAGCGAGGAGCUAACAGGUGUGACCGCUGGGAGCAGAUGAUUAAGGAUGAGCAGAAACAGCAGGAAAAAGCCACAUUAUUCAAGGCCCGCCCCAACACGGUCGCCCACAAGGAGCCUUUCAUGCCAAAGAAAGAGAACCUCUCAGUCCUUGUGCCACAGGGCUUCCAGCUGUCAACAGAACGGCGUGCCCAGGAGCGGCAGGAGUAUGAACGGGCCCUGUGUGAGAAGGAGGCGAUGUGCGCCCAUAUCGAGGAGGAGCGGAGGAGAGAGACAGAGAAGAGGGAGGAGGAGGAGACCACUCAACGCCGACAGCAGCAGGUACACAAAGCACAGCCUGUGCGUCGCUACAAGCCGCUGGAACUGAAGAAGAGUGAGGAAGCCCUCACCAUCCCCCAGACCCCCAAGUUCUCAGACCGCUUCCGUUUGUGAGCGUGUCCUAACGCUUUGUGACCCCACCGAGCAGAAUCCGGGGGUGCCUCUGCAUCUAUAUGAAGGUUCCCAGACCGAGAAAUUACUGCAGAUUUCUGCCACAUUUGUAUUGUCCUGUUUUUAUAGGUAGUAUCAAAAUGGUACUAGUGGCAAUAUCCAUACCUAUGUUUCUUCCUUUACUCCGUUUUUUUGGCAGACAUACAUUUUUGGCUCUCGAGUCACUGGCCUGUAGAUUUUCAGUCCCAUUUCUUUACGACUUUUCUUUUCUAUUGCAAGUCAUUGGGGGCAUGCUAAUUAGUGCAAACUUUGUUGGCCCAUAGCUCCCAGAUUAACAGUGUGGAGUGUCAGUAAACAAACUAUUUGAAGGUACAAGAAGUAGCCUGUACACCACUGAACUGUAUGGUAGGCUACCGUAAAUCCUCAAAUUGUGGCCGGGGUCUUUUAUUUACUUAGGCUGCACAAAGCACAGGCCUUUAUUUGGGGCAGGCUUGUAUUCGAGGCAGGCCUUUAUUUCUUAUUAGGCUUCUGUUGUAGAAUUUUAUUCUUAGAAAUAAAGUAAAAGGCUUCACUUAAAGUGGGCCAACACUAUUCAACACUUCCUGUAACCGUUCAGAAACGCAACUUGAGUUGCUAAACCAUUAAUGAAAGCCGAAACGGAUGCGUAUUCAUAAAAUACCAACUUGCCAGACACGCACUCAUGAACAAUAACAAAUUAGCGUAGAUAACAGCAAGUUAAGGAUCUUUUUUUUCCUAAAGUGCGUUUUAUUGUGAGACAUGAGUUUCGUUUGGAGCAGCAUACCG